AUGGAUGAUUCUAUGAUUAAGGAAGGUUUGGUAUUGGUUCACGGGAAGGGAACGGAUAACAAACCCCUUUUCUAUAACCAUUCGCAAGUUUUUAAUAGAGACCUAUCACUGAUAGUUCUGAAGAGUUUUAUAAUCCAGGAGAAGAGAAAAACAGGUUGGUUGUCAGUCGAUUAUAAAUUCGUAGAAUCUAACCCGAAACUGGGAAAAUUUGUCGGAGUAAACAUUCUGGAGACGCUAGCAGCAACAGGAAUAAGAGGAAUCAGGUACCUGAAGGAGCUCGGAGACCUGGUGAACCUGGUGACCUUCAACGACCUAGAUAGAAACUCGGCGGAGAUGAUCGUGAAGAACGCAAGCCUGAACGAAGUGAAGAGAAGCAAGUUCAGAGUCACGUGCUGCGACGCAAACCUGCUGUCCUCGAUCUUCACGCCCCCGCCAGACGUGGCGAAGUACUUCCAAAUGGCAGGAAACAUCUUUAGAAUACCAGCAGGAACGCUUAACGUGUUCACGGACGUUUUGAAGGAGUUCAAUAAAACAGUGGACGCGUUCUUGAAAAUCGUAUCAGUCACAGACGUGGAACUCAGGGGAGGUAAUAAUGUCGCCGAGGUAAGGAUGGUAAACGGUGAAGAAGUAACCCCGGAAUCGUACAGAAACAUAGUGGACGUGAUCGACCUGGACCCGUACUCGAGCGCCACAGGCUUCAUAGACUCGGCAGUGAGGUCGGUGAAAAGCGGAGGAAUUCUGCUGAUAACCUCGACGGACAUGCCGACGCUGUGCGGAAACAACCCGCUGGUGUCCUUUUAUAAGUACGGAGGAACGAGCUUUAAGUCGCCGUUCUGCCACGAACUGUCGCUGAGGACGCUGCUGUACUCAGUGAUGCUGACAGCAAGCAGGUACAAGAGGACAAUGAAGCCGCUGAUCUCGUGCAGUGUGGAUUUUUACGUGAGAGUGGUGGUACAGGUGAAGUAUUUCCCAGAAGAGUGCAAAAGGGUGGCGUCAAACGCAGGACUGGUCCUGAUGUGCGUGCAGUGUCACUCGUACAGGAUAGUUAACCUAUGCGAAGACUUUAACGGAGAUGAAAGUGAAAAAAAUAAGGCCCACAACCAAAGGAAAAGGAAGCACAAGAGGCCAAUGACUACGUCUAACUUCGCAAAGGUGUGUGAAGAAUGUGGAGGAAGAAUGAAAGUGGGAGGUCCAAUAUACAUAGGGCCACUCCACGAUAAGCAAUUCGUGGAAAACUGUAUUAAGUUAAACGGAAAAAUAUUUAAAACAAACGAUAAAAGGAGACGAAGUCCAGGAUGUAAAAAAGAAGAAGCUGGAGAGUCGGAAGAAGUCAACGACGAAAAUGCAGUAAAAGAAGAAAGUACAACUAAUGUAGAAAAUUCAAUUAACAGGAAUGUAGUAAAUGACAAAGGCAUUAACGAGGAAGGUGUGGGCGAGGUGGAAGAGCGUGACAAUCCACACCUUACAGGAGUGACGAUGGCAAAGAGAAUCAGAGGGUUGCUGCUAUCAAUUAAGGAGGAGCUGGACGUUCCGAUGUUCUACUCAGUGUCGGACCUGUGUCAGAUAUGGAACCUGUCAACAAUAAGUCCAAUAGUAUUCAGGAAGGUGUUGGAGAACAUGGGAUACAAGGCGUCUAACUUCCACAGAGACCCGAACUCAAUAAAGACAGACGCACCUAACCACGUGGUCAUGGACAUAAUAAGAACACACGCAAAAAACUCACAAAAGGUGCCAAAACAUGAAUUCUUUAACAGAGAGAUAGACACACUUGGAAUAGACCUAGACUUAAAGAUAAACAGAGUUAAAAAAGUGCCAAGAUGGAUUCCAAAUCCAACGAGCCACUGGGGACCGAAGAAGAAACAUAGAACAUGUUCCUCCUCAAUUAAGUCUUAA